AUGCCGUGGCAAUGUGCGGCUCCGAUUGGCGGAGAGCGCUGUCUGCCCGAGAGGCUGGGCAACGGAUCAACCAAUAGGACGCGGCCACCUGCGGCAGGAGCGGGCUCCGAUUGGUCGGACACAAGGAGGGGGCGGUACCUGGUCUUGCGACUUGUGUGCCAAGGCCUGGCAGCACCUGAGCCUGUUGGAGAUUCAUGGGCGCACACGGGUGAGAAGCCCAAUGGCUGCUCCACCUGCAGCAAGAGCUUUGCCCGGUUGUCGAGGCUGCUGUAUCACCGGCAGGUGCACAGCAGUGAGCGGUCCUUCACCUGCUCCGACUGCGGCAAAGGCUACAAGUCAUCCACGCACCAGAAGGUGCACAGGCGUCUGCACACUGGGGAGCGGCCUUCACCUGCAGCAACUGAUUCACCCUCUGCACCAGCCUGCUGGUGCAACAGCGCCCCAACACCGGCAAGCGCCCCAACACCCGCGCCCAGUGCUGCAAUGGAUUCACUCGCUCAACCUAUCUGCUAUCCCACCAGCGGGUUCACACCAGCCACUGUCCCUUCCCCAGCCCGGUUUGUGGAGAGCAUUUUGCCAUGGCAGAUACUCACUGGAGAGAGACCCUUUGUGUGCGCUGAAUGUGGCAAGGGUUUCACCCGCAGGUCCAGCCUGUGGCAGCACCGGCGUACCCACAGCGGUGAGUGUCCCUUUCCCUGCUUGUCCUGUGGUAAGGGGUUCACCUGCAUUGACCACCUGCUAGAGCACCGGUCAGUCCACACCCGCGCGCCUUUACCUGCCCGCUGUAUGGCAAGGCCUUUGCCCGCCCCUCCAGCCUGCGUGGAUAAGCGCUGUUCAGUUAGACACAAAAUGCUGGAAGGAAUGGGUAAUGUAUCAAGUCGAGACUCUCUUCAGUCUCCACUCAAAAUGUCACCAUUCCUUCUCUCCAGGAGCUGAAGUAACUCCCUGGAGUAACUCUUGCUUCUUGGUUUCCUGGUCCUCCAAAAAUAUUCCAAAUGGAAUUUAAAGAGUGAACCCACCACUACCAAACUCCAAACUCUGAACAAUAACAGCCUAUUGCACUUUAUCUGUUUAUUUAUUGUGUAUAUAUAUGGUCUAUUGUAUAUAGACACACUGAACUUUUAUCUCCUGUUCUGUAUUAUGUUCACAUAUUCUGUUGUGCUGCAGCAAGCAAGAAUUUCAUUGUCCAAUCUGAGACACAUGACAAUAAAACUCUCUUGACUUGACC